AUGCCUACACCAGAAGAUCAAGAAUUGAUGGAGCAAAUCGCCCAAGUAGCUGGUCAAAUCAACCGCCACAAGGCCCAUCGCGAUGGUCCCGGUAAUGGCACCAGCUAUCCUGCCAGAGGAUCCUACCAUCGAGCGGCGCCCUACCCCCACACCGGUUAUCGUGGUGGACGAACGCGACCAACCACCACAUAUCGCAAUAAGACCUUGGUCCUCAAUGGACAAUCCCAAGCCGCCUCUGCCGCUUCUCCGACCGAGGAAAACGUGCCCGUUGACCCGACUACACCCUCCUACGUCACGAAAAACGAUCGUCAUCUCCAGCUGAUCAACAAGUCGGUGUACGAGAAGGAGGCUCAACAUCGCGCGCAAGCGAUAGACCACACAACCCGCCGACAGUGGCUUCAGAGAGACAAUCGUGAAAAGGCCCGGUUUAUGAAUACCAUACAGCCACACAGAACAAACUCGGUAGCUGGCCCUCCCACUCCACUCACAUCCGCUUCGCGCUAUGAGAUUGAAGUGGGCGGCGUCCGUUUCCACGUUGUUCAACAGGGAAGCAAGCUUAUCAAAGCACCUGACGACGUCAAUCCUCCUUCUGCCACGCCCAAGGAGGCCUUGAUAGGUGGCGUCAAGUUUCACCGCACGAAAAACGGCAACCUUGUUCGGCACGGCAUCGUGAAAGCCCAACGAUUGGCUGUUGGAGUCAAGAAGGUCAACGAACAAUGCAAGACCUUCGCAUGGAACGGAUCGUGCCCCAAAGGCCCUACUUGCCGGUAUAUUCACGAUGCUUCCAAAACGGCAGUCUGCCGCGAUUGGCUCUUGAAGGGCGAGUGUUUACGAGGCGACGCUUGCGACCUGUCCCAUGAGGUUACUGAUGAACGAACCCCCCUCUGCAUGCAUUUCGCAAAGGGCAAGUGCAACAACGCAUUAUGCUCGUACAUCCAUGUCGAACAUGCUCAGACGGAUCCCGUGUGUCGAGCAUUCGGCAUCUAUGGAUACUGCGACAUGGGCACCAGCUGCCCUGACCGGCACGUAUUCGAGUGUCCUGACUUUAGCAACACAGGCAUCUGUAAGAUGAAGGGCUGCAAGCGGGCGCAUAUAGACAGGGCAAGUGUCCUGCGCAAAGCAAGCCUCCGUGGCGCUUCAGAAGAGAUGGAGGACCUGUCCAGCGACGACGAGGGAGCUGCAGCCGACAGCGACGACGUCGACUCGGAUGAGGUUGAAGAGUUCAUCCGCAAGGAUGAUGACGAUUUGGAUUUCGCAGACCAGAAAGAUUUCAUCGGUUUCCGAUGA